UUCUCCAGAAGCGUUGAAAAAAGCAGGAAUUGCCUUUGAAAACAUGUUUGAGGAAGUCCCCAUUAACAUCAAGAACUCCUACCUGAUCAAUGUUCUUCUUUGGGAGCUGGAAAAGAAGUCAGCCGUUGUAAACAGACAUGAGUUGCUCAGUCUCGCAAGCAACAACCAUCUUAGCAAAACCCUACAACUAUUGAUGGACCGAGUGGAUGAAAUGAGUCAAGAUAUUGUAAAAUACAACACCUACCUAAGGAAUACCAGCAAGCAGCAACAGCAAAAGCACCAAUACCAGCAGAGACGUCAGCAAGAAAACCUACAGCGCCAGAGUAGAGGAGAACCUCCCCUUCCUGAGGAAGACUUGAACAAACUCUUCAAGCCGCCACAGCCUCCUCCCAGGAUGGACUCCCUUUUGAUUGCAGGUCAAAUUAAUAGUUACAGCCGGAACAUCAAGGAAUUCACAGCUCAGAAUCUGGGCAAGCUUUUCUUGGCUCAGUCACUUCAAGAACACAACAAUUAAGGAGGAAAAUAAAGUGCUUUUUUUCCCUUGCCUACCAAGAGUGCAGAUACUUGGAAUUGAAGCACAUUUUUACUUUCAUUCCACAUUGUAAAAUGAACCGUGAAUUAAACUUCUUGUGUGUUUUGAGUAGAAUUCUUCUUCUUCUAACAGGGGGGGCAAAAAAGUAUAAUAAAAGAUGGAAAACUU